AUGCGGACUGGAUCCUUCGAGGCUCAUGGUACUGAGUCGUCUUAUACAUAUGCGAAUGUCAACAUGCGCGACGUGGAGCGUGGCGAUUCCGAGGAAAAGCGUAUCACCACUGAUUUUCAUUCCCAUCCAGAAGCUCCACGAACCGCAAUGUACGAUCCCAAUACAUACUUGGAUUGGUAUUUGUCCACGAACUACCAACGCCCUAUUACCGCGAUUCCUGACCACUUGUUGGAUCCGCAACUUCGAGAUGCCCAGCCAACGUAUCCAUUCCUCGCCGAGCCAGUUUCGGCAGAGCCACCGCAAGCCAGCCAUGCUCCGUUGAGUCUCCAGGAUAUAGCGUACUCGUACAACCACACUCGUCGGAAUAAUGCUAAAGGGGGUUCCCCCUAUUGGGCAGGCUACGAAGACGAGGAAACGUUUUCUCAGCAGCCGUACACCCACUCGGGUAUGUCCACAUUUUCCACGCCGUGGCACCUAAAUGGUACGCCAAGCCCCAACACUGGUAUGCCUGCCUAUGAGCGGCCGUGGGUCCAUGGUCAAGCCUCGGACCAAGGAAAUGGUCGAUUAACUGAAUCAACGAGGCUAAGGCUGUCGAACGGACCGCCGGGCGGGCUCGCCCAUCUUAAAGCUGUGAUAAGCGCUUCGAUCCAUGGAGAGUAUGCACCGACACCGAUGGUGCAUUCUUCAAAUUUGGCUCCUUCGCAGAAGCCAGCCCCUCGCGCGAUCCCCGUUCCACUACCCAAGCCAGCACCAGUGGCUUCCGAGGUGGACACCCAGCCGAACAAGCGGAUCCGGUUGGGGCAACAGCAGGCGACGGUGGCUCGAACGCGGUCCGUUGAAGGGAAUGAUCCGAAGGACAUUUCGAACAAUCCGGCACCACCACACCUGGUUAAGUGUGUGCAAUUGCCUCUGGAAUCAGCCACAAUACGAACUAAGACAUCCAAAGUGCCUCGGACCUUACCCAGCAAUCCGCCUACAAUGCCUCCCGGCGACUUAACAUCCGAGAUCCUAUGUCCGUCGAACAUCGUCGACCUGGGGGAUGCGUGGGACUGGAUCGAACAUAUGGCUAAGACACCAACGAUGCGAUUCCAACCUACGGUCCAGAAGGUUCGGUCUGGAGAAGCUAAGACUUAUUGUGAUAGGCACAAAAAGCACCCAAUUCCGAUGUUUAUGAUGCUUGCCAUGCAGAUUAAUGGCUUUGGGCCGUCCACCGAGCUCAUGUACCAGACUGGACGGACCUUCAUGAGGACGACGGCAGUCAUGGCGCCCCACAAUCUGGAGAUGAACUACCUCGGUACCACUGAACUCACGCUGAUCGAGAUUUGUGCAUAUUUCUCUCAGCUAAUCAUUCGCGCUGAGUGCCUUGAUCGGUUGAUCCGCGCGGGUAUGAAUCAAGGCCAGAUCGCCGAUACGGUGAAUUGGGUGCGCCAGCUUUCUGGUCUCAAAUCGUCGUUUUCUCAUAUCCGGGUCUUAAAGCGCGCCCAAGAAGCUGGUCGCAAGCUUCACGACCGGAAGCUGAAGAUCGAACAGCGCGACCGGUUAGACACCGUUGACUUUUCUGCUCGAGGCUGGAACUACACGGAGAUCAAGACCAUGGAUUACCCGCUGCUUGCCCUUGCCCACGGCGUCGAAAUCCAGAUCACGGGCGAGGAUGCAGGACCAUUGACCCAUCUGAUCGCCUGGUGCAAAGCGAACGGACGAUAUCGUGCCAUGCUGAGCGAGGUUCCCAUGCUUCUCGAUGAAGCACACAUCUUGCCACUUAUCGUGAGGCCAGCGGAUGGUUCGUGCCCCGAUAAAGCUGCCUUUGUGCGCCAUCGAGAUCAAGUGAACUUAGAUCGGCUCCGCGUACAGCGGUCCCGCCGCAAGCGAAAGGCAAAUGCCAUGGCUGUCGAUAGAGAGUAA